AUGGAUUGCAUCAAAUUUAUUGUAUAUAAUGUUUUGCUCAGUGCACUAUCGUUCCUUUGUGAAGCAAAAGGUAAGCCUUCGUUAGGCCUUGUUGGUAAUAGUACUGGUGUAACACGGUCAACAUCUGGAGGUACUGUUCUCGUUGGUGGUGGUACUGAUGUUGAUGCAGCUAUGCAAUGGAUGAUCAAUAAAUCAGGUUGUGGUGAUUUUGUAGUAAUAAGAGCAAGUGGUACUGAUGCAUACAAUAGUUACAUAUAUGAUUUAGGCUGCGCCAAUUCAGUUGAAACUCUACUAAUCAAUUCACCUACUUUAGCUAACGAUCCUGAAGUUGAUACAAAAAUUCGUGGAGCUGAAGCACUAUUUAUUGCUGGUGGUGAUCAAGCUGAUUAUGUUAACUAUUGGAAAGGUACUAAAGUACAAGAUGCUCUAAAUUAUUUACGAAAUGUCAAAAAAGUUCCGAUUGGAGGUACAUCAGCAGGAUGUGCUAUUCUUGGUCAAAGUUAUUUUUCAGCACUUAAGGGCUCAGUAACGUCCAGUCAAGCUCUCACCAAUCCUUACCAUACAUAUGUUACUUUAGGUUACAAUGAUUUUCUUUCUCUACCUUAUUUAUCAAAUGUUAUUACUGACAGUCAUUUUAGCAGUCGUGAUCGAACUGGUCGUCUUGUUACAUUUCUAGCACGUAUGAAUAAAGAAUAUGGAGUCGUAGGUCGUGGCAUUGGUGUUGAUGAAUCGACGGCUGUAUGUAUAGAAAACGAUGGUAAAAGUAAAGUUUUUGGCUCUGGUACUGCUUUUUUCUUAAGUCAAAAUGGUUCUCCUAACACGCCAGAAACUUGUGUUAGUGGUUCACCUCUUCAUUGGUAUCGUAAUCGACAAGCUGUAAUCGUAUAUAAAAUAGCCGGUAGUCAAUUGGGUUCUGGAAGUUUCGAUUUGACAACUUGGAGUCCAGUGAGUGGUGGUGUAUCUCAAUAUUACUAUGUAGAUCAUGGUACCCUUGGUAUUUCUUAG